AUGGCGGCUAAUAAUGAAAUCGCGGCAAUCCGUUGAAUCCGUGUUUGCUUCUGGUAUGGGGACGCUUGUGUUUUCUACACUUCAUUAAAGUGGCCGGGUAAAAAAAUGUAACGUUUGAAGUCAGUUAUUUAUUGAAAAGUGAUGUUUAAAUUACUCGACAGCAUCGAUCGUCCUUUAAAUGCCCCAUCUUGCACGUGCAAGGAAGUGAAGAGUGAGUUUUUGGAAUUGCCAUAAGCAGAUGAUUAUGUCAUUGAGAUGCAAAAAUUAAAGUGUGAUGAGUUCUAACGAAGACAACUAAAAAAUGAGCAGCUAGAUGGAAACUAAAAAACAUUUUUCCCCUUUUAAUGAGUUUUAAUCUCCUUUCAGAAUGGAUUGAUCAUGACUUAAUAGUUCUUUUAAGAAUUCAACGUGAUUUUCAGUUUAUGUUGUUUUUCUUAGACGAAUGCAGCCAAACCCCCCCCCCCCCCUUCUGUAGGCGAUAUUUACGCACUAUAAAUGCUAGCUCUAAAAUGGAGUGUAUCGAGUGGCGGAGGUUGUAGGAGUUUAGGCUGAACACGAUGAAAUAUAGCCCCCUUGCAGCUUGACCAGCCCGAUGAAUCAGUCUAAAAGCGAGUGCCCUUUCAAAGAAAUGAUGACAGACGGAAGAUGGCAGAAUUGAAUCAAGGUGGAAUUGUCCAAUUUCGAGGCCAACAUUGAGAGAGAGAGGGAAAAGGACUUUGAGCGCAACAUUGCAGCGUUAUUCCCUCAAUUGACCCAAGUUCUAAAUAAUGUCACAAAUUGUAGCUGUCUGCCUGAUUAAUUUAUUCACAUCCCAUCAGGAUCGAUAGUUCCAACAGAAUGUAACUCCUACAUUGACCUUGAUGAGCCUGGCCGAUAUUGGAGCAAUAAUAGUGGUUCUUUAAUCUGCGAUAAUUAUGACCCUAAAUUUGUCAACAAUAAGUGGUAUCGCUUUGUUGGAGGAGCUGGAAGGAUGAUGGCGUCGUAUUGCAUUCCCAAAUCAAGUUGCAGUACCCAUAGAUCUUCAUGGAUAAAUGGUGAUCAUCCGACUAGUCUCUACACCACGGUGACAACAACUGUAUGCAUGCACUGGAGUUCAGACUGCUGCCAGAGAUCCUACCCCGUUGACAUAACACAAUGUGACGGCUACUACGUGUAUAAACUGCAAAAGCCAACAGGAUGUUAUGAGCGUUACUGUGGUGUUUUAGGUGAAUAUUCGAAAAAAUACUUGUAUGAUAAGUCUUUAAUGACUGUGUUUGUUUUGAUUACGUGCAAGAAGAUUUAUCCUCCUUGCUGUAAAUGAAAGAGUUUCCCUUAAUUGUCAUAUGCAUAGCAUCAUAUGAAAGAUAACUUGUCAUUCGAUGGCACUUUUAUAUAUAUGUUCAAACUUCUAUCAUUUCCUCGAAUAAUGGCCGAGGGCGAUUAUUUCUUUUCUCGCACCAAAAGGGGGCGGUAAUUAGAGGGAGGAGAUUAUUUGAAAUAUUGUUCACAAGAAGUCGUGCCCUGAAUAUUUUGAAUGUUCCUUUUUCCCAUUAAUUAAAUAGUAAUAAAAAAAAGAUAACGUCAAAUAAACUGAACUUUGGCAUUUAAAGUGUUCCAAAUUUGGCUUCUUGAUUAAUUUUCACUGUAAAUGUCCUCGGCGUCAAAUCUUGAAUCGUCACUGAUCAGUUAUGCUGGAUCAGACUCCACUUCAGCUUCAUCCUCAAGUUUACCGCGCUAUGGGUAUCCCUAGCGGGUAACCUAUAUGACCUAUAUGGGUGGGAGAGGGGCGAUUAGUCGAGGGACGGCUACUAUUCGAGGAAAUACGUUAUUUCGUGCCCGUUGCUUCUUCCACAUUUUCUCAUCAUUAAUUUUCGCUGUGACGCAGAUGCAAAUGAUGCCUGUUUUGGAACCGCAGGAUCAGACGUCUGUGCUUGUAAUCCGGGUUAUAGAGGAAGUCCUUGUUCUGGUAGGUAAAUACAUACUUGCACUUAGACUCGUACGGUCUCACUUUGAACAGAAUGUGGACAUCAUUAUCAUUAUCAUCAUCACUGUAUUUGAUAAAGCAGGUUAAUAGGCGCAUACAUGUGUUUUGAUGUUGAUACUUUAGGGAAACUGAUUAAGAGACCCUUCUUAUACUUUCCUUCUUAGUGAAAAUUAAUUCACGAUAAUCAUUCAUAUCGUAUUAAAUUGAAAUUUCCCUGUUCCAUUAUUAUCGUCCCCUGCAGCUAAUUCUAUUUGAAUAAACUGCAUUCUGUAUUAAAGAAGAAGAAGAAUUCUAACUCUUGAAAGCUCUGAAAAAAUUUCCGAACUCCUGGUGAGAAUCGAGAAUCACUUCUCUAUAACCACUGAGCUACUGGAACGUUAAUGGCGAGCAGGUCGGAAUUUCAAAACAAGUACACCAGACGUUUAGGGCCGUCCACUAGCGUACAAACCAAACGUUGUUUAUUUAAAGAAGAAGAAGAAAUAUAACACUUGAAAACACAGAAUAACUUCCAAGUAAAGUAGCACGGGUCCCUGAGUUAAUACAUCAAACUUUUUGGGCAACGUUAUUGGUUUUUGUUAUUUAAUUUGUUUUCGUCAAAUUCUCUUCCUUCAGUUCUCACCGGUACCGGAUUCAUUCUUUUUGCCCAAAAUUCCAUUUGGACUAUUAAUAAUUAUUCAGGCUUCCUUGAGUUGAUUUAAUACAAACCACCUUAUAACUCCGAUAAAAUUGAACGACAAUAAUAAUUAAAAAAUAGAUAAUAACAAUAAUAAUAAUAAUAAUAAUAAUAAUAAUAAUAAUAAUAGGCUUCACGGCGGAGGGGUUGGUUAAUAAGCCUAGUAGAAUGGUUCAUGGACAAAAUUUUAGGGCAAACGGAAACAUUUUUAUAUAUUUUAACGUUUUAAUAUUUUACAAGAGCCAGUUAUGACUAUAAUAUUCUUAAUAUUUCAAUACUUUUUAAAACUAAGGCUUCACAGCGCAGGGCUUGUUUACGGUCAGACGCCCAACUUCUGUGUUUUUUACUAAUACUGGGCAUCCAGACCUUUAAAACUGCCAUAAUAAUAAGUGAUGAUGAGGAUGAUAAUAAACCAUUAUUGGAUGAGGUUUUUGUGAUAUCCGGAAUAAUCAAAGUCGACUGGUAAGGGUUAUCAGCUGAGCGGAAGGCCGGGGCUGAUAACACUUGAGACCUUGAUUAUUUAGGAUAUCACAAAAACCGAGUCUAAACAUUGUUAUACAUUGUUUUGAAGAAAAUAACGGGAAACAAACGGUCGCAAGGAUUGAACCUGUAUUGAUAUUGCUAUUGGAAAUCACUCAUUGCGCUCGCAGCAUACAGAUUAUAGUCAGUUAUCUGCUAGCAGAUAACUAACCAACCUGUAGGUUACGCUGAUUUCCAAAAUAGCUGUAGGCUCUUAGCCGAUGAGAAGACAGCUAAAGAUAGAGUACAAUGAAUAAUAACAAAAUCAAUUUCUACUAAAAACUAAAAGCACCAAAACUGUUUACAAAAUCAUCAAAAUAGCCAACAGAACUAUUUACUUUAGAUGUCGACUUUGUAAUGUCCUUUUAAAGGACUCAAUGCUUCGCAUGUCUUUUGUUUGACUGUCCACAGAGGUCCAAAAAGUAAGUUACAAGCGAUUCUGAUGAUUCAAACUCAUGCAUUCCUAGCUCAUAAACAUCAAGAAAACCUUCAAACAACGCUUGAAUCACAUACAAAUUGUUAUUUGAUAAAUUCAACUAGUUAUUAGUACUUCGCCUUUUGAAGCAGGAUGAAUGGUCAGGAGCACUAGUACUGAGUGUGAGUAAGGUGUCUCACCCGGCUUUAUAAACUUUUAAUUAUUAUUAUUAUUAUUAUUAUUAUUAUUAUUAUUAUUAUUAUUAUUAUUAUUAUUAUUAUUUAUUCUUUCAGACGUAGACGAAUGUACAGCAGGUACCCAUGAUUGCCAUGCGUCAGCUACUUGCACGAAUACCGUAGGUUCUUUUACUUGUUCCUGUAAACCUGGUUACACAGGAGAUGGCAAAACCUGUUGCAACGGUAAGCUGUCUUAA